AUGAAGACUUUAGAUGGCAACAACUACUCACUGCACGUAGCAAUUUUGGCUUCCAUACUUUGUCUUGUCAUUUACUGGCUCAUCAGAGACAGUCAAAGAGUGAGAAACCUGAGUGGAAAGCAUGUCUUCAUAACAAGCUGUGACACUGGACUUGGAAAGUCACUGGCUAAAUGGCUUGACAAAAGGGGAUUUUGUGUCAUUGCUGCAUGUGCCACAGAAAAAGGAAGAAUAGAGCUACAGUCCUGCUCCUCACUCUCACUGAAGACAGUGAACCUGAACUUAGCUGACUCCAACAGCAUUGCCAGGGCUGUGGUGUUUGUGACCGAAGAGACAGCUGGCAAGGGGCUUUUUGGCUUGGUGAGCAACACUGAAGAAACAGCACCUAUAGCACCCACUGACUGGCUGAGGAUUGAAGACUUCCACUCAGUGCUGGAUGUUAGUCUGCUGGGAUUGAUUGAAAUCACACUCAAGCUUCUGCCACUUCUGAAAAAAGCUAAGGGAAGAGUAGUCAAUCUAAUUAACACCAAAGGCCUCACGGCUUUUGUAGGGGGUGGCUACACACUGUCCAAAUGGGGCAUGGAAGCUUUCUCUGACACUUUACGGAUAGAGAUGCAGCAUUUUGGAGUGAAAGUAAGCAUUGUUGAGCAUGGUUUCUUUAAGGCAGGAGUAGUUAAUUCAGAUGUCAUCGAGAAAUACCUCUUAAGACUUUGGAACAGACUGACUCCUGAGAUCAGGGACUCCUACGGAGAAAAAUACUUUGUUGAAUAUAUAAAAGCUCAAAGAUCAUCAGUGAAAAGACGGUGUGACUCUGAUAUUUCUAAGGUCAUAAAAUGCAUGGAACAUGCCCUGAUAGCAAAGUACCCAGGGACACGAUACGGAGCUGGAUGGGAUGCAAAGUUCUUUUGGCUAUUUCUCUCCUAUGCCCCAAGCUGUUUAUCUGACAUGCUGCUGCGUAUGAUGUUUCCAGCUCCAGCAGCUAGUGGAAGAUCAGUUCCUGGAGUUCUAAUUAACAUUUAG